AUGCGCCACGUGGUGGUCGGCACCGCCGGCCACAUCGACCACGGGAAGAGCUCGCUGGUCCUCGCGCUCACCGGGACCGAUCCCGACCGGCUGAAGGAAGAGAAGGCUCGCGGAAUCACCGUGGACCUCGGGUUCGCCCAUCUCGAGCACGAGGGAGUGACCUACGGCUUCGUGGAUGUGCCGGGGCACGAGCGCUUCGUGCGCAACAUGCUCGCGGGCGCGUCCGGUUUCGACGUGGUGCUGCUGGUGGUGGCUGCCGACGAAUCGGUCAUGCCCCAGACCCGUGAGCACAUCGAGAUCUGCCGGCUGCUGGGAAUUCGGUCCGCCGUCGUGGCGCUCACCCGGGUUGAUCUCGUGGAGGACCGGGAGUUCAUCGAGAUUGCGGCCCUCGAAGUGCGCGAGUUGCUUGAGGGGUCGGCGAUGGCAGGGGCGCCGCUGGUGCCCGUCUCGUCGAAGACCGGCGAGGGACUCGGUGAACUCAGGGAGGCACUUGCGGCCGCGGCCGCCGCCGCCGGGCCCCGGGACGUCUCGGGUCUCUUCCGGUUGCCCGUCGACCGCGCCUUCACCAUGCGCGGCUUCGGCGCGGUCGUCACCGGCACGCUCGCCGCCGGCCAGGUCAGGGUCGGUGGCGACGUCGAGAUCCUCCCCGCUGGGGAGCGCGCCCGGGUCCGGGGCCUGCAGGUACACGGAGCCCCCGUCGAGUCGGGUCAAGCCGGCCAGCGGGUCGCGGUCAACCUCUCCGGAGCCGGCCGCUUCCGGGUUGAGCGGGGGUCGGUGAUCGCGGCGCCCGGCGAACUGGCUUCCACCCGGAUGGUGGACGCCCGGCUGGAGUUGCUCGCCUGGGCGGCCGGACCGGUCGAAGACGAGGACCGGGUGCAUCUGCAUGUCGGGACCGCCACCGCGCUCGCCCGGGUCCGGCUUCUCGGCGGGCUGGCGCAGCUCGCUCCCGGAGAUUCCGGCCUCGUCCAGUUGCGGCUGGAGACCCCGCUGACGGCGGUGCGCGGCGAUCGAUUCAUCAUCCGGCGUUAUUCGCCGGUCAUCACCAUUGGCGGCGGGACCAUCCUGGAUGCGCUGCCCCCCAAACGCUCUCCGAGAAGCCCGGCGGCUCGCGAGCGGGUUCUCGCCCUCGAUCGCGCGACCGACGCCCGCGCCGCGGCAGCGUUCGUGGACGAGGCGGGAGUUCGGGGUCUGAGCGAGGGGCGGCUGCGCACCCGACUUGGAGUUCGCGCGCCGGAUGCCGCACGGGUGCUUCGGGAACUCCGCGAACGGGGCGAGAUCGAAGCGGUAGGCGACGGCGCUCCGGCCAGCGCGGCUGGGCGGGUUCUCCUGUCGCCGUCCAGUCUGCGAGCGGUGCAGGAGCGGAUGACCUCGCUGCUCACCGCCUGGGAAACCGAAAACCGGCUGCGGGCCGGGAUGCCCGUGGAACAACUCCGGGAACAGACCGGCGUCCCCCCGGCAGUGGCGGACGGCGCGCUGGCGCGUCUCGCCAGCGCCGGCGCCGUCGAGCUCACCCGCCACACGGUGAGCACCGCGGGCCGCCAGAUCCAGCUCUCGGAUUCCGAGCAGCGCGCUCUCGACGGUCUGGCAGGGCUGCUCGACGAAGGCGGAUUCACUCCGCCUACCCUGGGGGAAGCGGCGGAAGAACUCGGGGUUUCGCCGGAACUCGUGGAUGCCCUGAGGCGCCUGCUGCUUCGGGAAGGCCGCGCCGUGGACGUAAGUCCGGACCUCUACUUCGAUGCCGCCCGGCUCGCCGGACUUCGCCAGGCCGUAGCCGAACGGGCCACCGUGAAUCCCGAGAUCGACGUCGCCUGGUUCAAGCGGAACUUUGGUCUGAGCCGCAAGCACGCGAUCCCCCUGCUGGAGUGGCUCGACCGCGAGCGGGUGACGGUGCGGGUGGGAAACCUGCGGAAGAUCCGAACCGGUGCGGGCCCCGGGAGCUUCCCCCGCAUGAACCAGUGGGUCGCCGAUCUGCGGUUCGCGAUCCGCUCGCUCCGCAGCCGUCCCCUCCUGACCGGGCUCGCGGCGGGUUUUGAUCGGCGCUCCGUUCAUGGUUCUGAUGGUGGUCUUCGUUCGCAACCUCCUGACCGGCUUCGCGCUGCCGGUGCGCCACGCCGCUCGCGUCCCCCCCAGUCAAGCGCUCCGGGUCUAGCGGCCGGUGGUGGAACCCGGGUGAGCGCCGAGCGCGGCCAGUUCUCCCGGUGGGGCCUUCAGACCGGCAUCGCGGCUGCAAGCCGCGAGACUCCCAGAGUUCUUCAUCCUCAUCACCUCGACCCAGGCGGGGACGGCGAGACGAACCCCGCGCCAGCGAACUCCCAUUGCCGAUCCUUCGCAAUUGGCACCGGUCGCCCCUCGCCCCCGCAAAUAUGA